AUGGAUACUGGGGGCAGGUACACAAAUCUAAGACCAAGGUAGAUGCCACUUUCUCAUUCUUAAUUGAGUGUGUGGCAACAUAGGAAAGGAGGCCUCUUACCAAAGGACUCCACUGACAGAAGAAUGGUCUUAUUGCUUAAAGGAAAUUAUGAGUUUGGUUUGUCCCUAACAGCAUCAGCAAUAUCUACCCCAAGGUAUCCUGCUUGGAUUGACAGUCUUGGAGGAACUACCACUCAAGACAAGAGAGUCCAUAAUUUCGGUGCUUCCUUCUGGAAAAAGUUUAUAUUAACUGUUCUUCUCUGACGUCCAUAUGGACACACUCCCCUUCUCAACCAGAGUCAUAAAUUACAACAUGCUAUAUGUAGGCACAUGUGGAUUUGCAUGUGGAAAAUCAUCAUAGAGUUCUCAACAGCUUCUAGAAAUUGGGUAAAAUUGUGGCAGCACACUAACAGAAGCAAAGAAAAAAAAAAGAGACGAUGACUGGACAGCACAGGAAGAAGUAUAGACUGUUCUACAGAGAAACAGAUUUUUCAGGGAUCAUAAUAAACAAAGCGUGACAUAAGGGACAGAUUGUCCUACAUUACACAAGAAGAGAUUGCAGACCCAUAAACCUAGAUUUCCUAUAUGAUCCUUCAGAGAGUGACGAGUUGCAAAACCAUCAAUUUCCAGGUGGAUUAAAUGAUGUAUAUUGAAGACAUACAAACCAUGUAAUAGGGUUCCUCUGUCAUAAAUUAGAGCAAACUCCUUAAGGUCAAUAGCCAUGUUCUUGCCCAAAAGAGUCUUACAGACCCAUCUGUAAUUGGGCCAUAUGGUUAUCAACCCAUGCUUUGGCAGGAGAGUGCCCGGUGCUGUAGUUCUUCAAGAGAUCGAGUUUUGGUUCGAAUAAACGACUUGACAGUAGAGAAAGCUGAUGAAGUGGUUUGGGUUCGUGGCAGGAUUCAUACAAGCAGAGCUAAAGGGAAGCAGUGUUUUUUAGUCCUACGUCAGCAGCAGUUUAAUGUCCAGGCUCUUGUGGCUGUGGGAGACCAUGCAAGCAAGCAGAUGGUAAAGUUUGCUGCCAACAUCAACAAAGAGAGCAUUGUGGAUGUUGAAGGCGUUGUGAGGAAAGUACAUCAGAAAAUUGGAGGCUGUACUCAGCAAGAUGUUGAGCUGCACGUUCAAAGGAUCUAUGUGAUCAGUUUGGCUGAGCCCCGACUGCCUUUGCAGCUGGAUGAUGCUGUUCGAGCUGAGGUGGAAGGAGAGGAGGAGGGAAGAGCUACUGUAAACCAAGAUACACGGCUGGACAACAGAGUAAUUGAUCUGAGGACCUGUACUAGUCAAGCUGUCUUCCACCUUCAGUCUGGUAUCUGUCAGCUCUUUCGAGAAACUCUCAUUCACAAGGGGUUUGUGGAAAUUCAGACUCCCAAAAUCAUCUCAGCUCCCAGUGAAGGAGGAGCCAAUGUGUUUACUGUAUCCUACUUCAAAAGCAGUGCCUACCUGGCUCAGUCCCCACAACUGUACAAGCAGAUGUGUAUUUGUGCUGACUUCGAAAAGGUUUUCUGCAUUGGACCAGUGUUUAGAGCUGAGGACUCCAAUACACACAGACACCUAACUGAGUUUGUUGGUCUGGAUAUUGAAAUGGCUUUUAAUUACCACUAUCAUGAAGUGGUUGAUGAGAUUGCGGACACCUUAGUACAGAUAUUCAAGGGACUUCAAGAAAGGUUUCAAACUGAAAUUCUGACAGUGAACAAACAGUUUCCUUGUGAACCAUUUAAGUUUUUGGAGCCAACUCUGAGGUUGGAGUACCGUGAAGCUCUGGCUAUGCUCAGGGAAGCUGGAGUAGAGAUGGGGGAUGAAGACGAUCUAAGCACACCAAAUGAAAAGCUUCUGGGUCGUCUGGUGAAAGAGAAGUAUGAUACAGACUUCUAUAUUCUUGACAAAUAUCCUCUGGCUGUGAGGCCUUUCUAUACAAUGCCGGACCCAGGAAAUCCCAAAAACUCCAACUCCUAUGAUAUGUUCAUGAGAGGGGAAGAGAUUUUAUCUGGGGCUCAGAGAAUUCACAAUCCUCAGCUGCUGACAGAAAGAGCCCAGCAUCAUGGCAUUGACUUGGAGAAAAUAAAGGCUUACAUUGAUUCCUUCCGUUAUGGUGCACCUCCCCAUGCAGGUGGUGGGAUAGGGUUGGAAAGAGUAACUAUGCUCUAUCUGGGACUGAGCAAUGUUCGUCAAACCUCCAUGUUCCCUCGGGAUCCCAAACGACUAACUCCUUAAGACAUCUGUCUGAAAGCUUCCUCCAGUCCCCUGCUAUUGAUCAGCCUAUACCCCGACUACUUGUAAUAUGCACUAAAAUAAGGAAGUCAAAUCUACUGAAGUGCCACGACAAUAACAUUUUGAAUCCUUCACUACCAUCUGUUUAAAGGGAAGUAUUUUAAUAAAUCUGGACUCUUUGCAAUAGGUGUGUGUACAUUUUUUAUGUAAUACUUACGUUCAGUUAACGUUAUACUAAUGCAUUACUUAGUAAGUUUCUAAACACUUCAGUUUUAAUAAAUUGUUUGUGCAAUAAAGAUUACAAAGAUAUGAAUUUUUAACUUACAGCAAAAAGACUGUAUAUCCUAUAGUGCAGUAUUUGAUUGAAGUUUAAACAAUAACUGUAGACAAUGGUAACCUAAAAAGCAGGCAGAAAGUAGCAAGUUGCUAACUAAUUUGCAUGAUAAACUGAGUAUUAUGAAAAGCAGGUGAAAAGUUGAACUUUCUUAACUAAAAGUGUUCAUACUAAAUUGUAAAAAUAGAUUGCAGUAAAACUCAAAGUAAAUUAUC